CAUUAGUCUACAAACCCAUUAGGGCGGGAACCCAAAAAAUUUCACCUAAAACAAACAAAUGCCCGAACCGAAGAUGAGUGUCCGCAAGGGCUCAAAGGUUUGGGCCGAGGACAGAGAUUUCGCUUGGGUACCGGCCGAGGUCCUCGGCUCCGUUGGCAAUCAAGUCCAAAUCGUUACCUCUUCGGGAAAGAAGGUAUUGGUUUCGCCGGCGAAAUUGUUUCCGAGAGAUGCGGAUGAGGAAGAUCAUGUUGGAGUGGACGAUAUGACCAAGUUGGCGUAUUUGAAUGAGCCUGGUGUGCUUUACAAUCUUCAGAGGAGAUAUGCUCUCAAUGACAUAUAUACAUAUACGGGAAGCAUUUUGAUAGCUGUGAACCCAUUCACAAAGCUUCCGCACCUGUAUGAUGUCCACAUGAUGGAGCAGUAUAAAGGAGCUCCAUUUGGAGAGCUAAGUCCCCAUGUUUUUGCUGUGGCUGAUGCGUCAUAUAGAGCAAUGAUGGAUGAUGGUCGAAGCCAAUCUAUACUGGUCAGUGGAGAAAGUGGGGCUGGGAAGACUGAGACAACAAAAUUGAUUAUGCAGUAUCUUACUUAUGUUGGUGGCCGUGCUGCUGGUGACGACAGAACAGUUGAGCAGCAAGUUCUUGAAUCAAACCCACUUUUGGAGGCAUUUGGUAAUGCGAGGACCAUUAGAAAUGACAAUUCAAGUCGAUUUGGCAAGUUUGUUGAAAUCCAGUUUGAUGCAAGUGGUAGAAUAUCCGGUGCAGCAAUCAGGACAUACCUUUUGGAACGGUCCCGUGUUGUUAAGAUAACAGAUCCUGAAAGGAAUUAUCAUUGCUUCUAUCAGUUGUGUGCUUCUGGAGUGGAUGCUGAGAAGUACAAGUUAGAUCAUCCAAGCCACUUCCACUACUUAAAUCAAAGCAGGAGGUAUGAACUAGAUGGUGUGAGCAGUUUGGAGGAAUACUUGAAGACAAGGAGGGCUAUGGACAUUGUUGGUAUAAGUGAUGAAGAACAGGAAGCUAUAUUUCGCACAUUGGCUGCAAUUCUACAUUUAGGAAAUAUUGAAUUUUCUCCAGGCAAAGAGCAUGACUCUUCAGUUAUUAAGGAUCAGAAAUCUAGCUUUCAUAUGCGGAUGGCUGCUGAUCUUUUCAGGUGUGAUGAGAAACUAUUGCUAGCAACACUUAGUACUCGGUCAAUACAAACUCGUGAAGGAAUUAUUGUUAAAGCUCUUGACUGUUCUGCUGCUAUUGCUAGUCGGGAUGCAUUGGCAAAAACGAUUUAUUCUCGGCUGUUUGAUUGGCUUGUUGAUAAGAUCAAUAGGUCUGUUGGGCAAGAUCUGAAUUCUCGAGUGCAAAUUGGAGUCUUGGACAUCUACGGGUUUGAAUGCUUCAAGAAUAACAGUUUUGAGCAAUUUUGCAUUAAUUUUGCAAAUGAAAAGCUACAGCAACAUUUCAACGAGCAUGUAUUCAAGAUGGAGCAGGAGGAGUAUAGCAAAGAAAAGAUUAAUUGGAGCUACAUUGAAUUUAUAGACAACCAAGAUGUUUUAGAUUUGAUUGAGAAGAAACCUAUUGGGAUAAUUGCGCUCUUGGAUGAAGCUUGUAUGUUCCCAAAAUCAACACAUGAAACAUUUUCAAUGAAGUUGUUUCAGAAUUUUCAGGCCCAUCCAAGAUUGGAGAAGGCAAAAUUUUCUGAAACAGAUUUUACCGUUUCACAUUAUGCUGGAAAGGUCACUUAUCACACAGAUACCUUUUUAGAUAAAAAUCGUGAUUAUGUUGUGCUAGAACAUUGCAAUCUGUUGUCUUCUUCCAAAUGCUCCUUCGUUGCUGGUCUUUUCCCUUUACCACCAGAGGAAUCUUCGAGGUCAUCAUAUAAAUUUUCCUCCGUGGCCUCAAGAUUUAAGCAACAACUUCAAGCGCUCAUGGAAACUCUCAACUCAACGGAGCCUCAUUACAUACGUUGCGUAAAGCCGAACUCCUUGAAUCAAUCUCACAAGUUUGAAAAUCUGAGUAUCUUACACCAAUUACGUUGUGGGGGUGUUUUAGAGGCUGUUCGAAUAAGUCUGGCAGGUUAUCCUACUCGAAGGACCUAUUCAGAGUUUAUAGAUCGCUAUGGUUUAUUAGCUCUUGAACUUUUGGAUGGAUGUUAUGAUGAAAAAGCUAUGACAGAGAAAAUUCUGCAAAAACUGAAGCUUGAGAAUUUUCAGUUGGGAAGGACAAAAGUAUUUCUUAGGGCUGGUCAAAUUGGCAUUCUAGACUCCCGGCGGGCUGAGAUUUUGGACAAUGCUGCAAAGUGUGUUCAGCGUCAAUUCCGAACAUUUAUAACACGCAGAGAUUUUCUUUCAACAAGGGCUGCUGCAUCUGCUCUCCAAGCAUGCUGCAGAGGAUGCCUCGCUCGAGAGGUGUUUGCCGCAAAACGGGAGACAGCAGCUGCUGUUUCAAUACAGAAAUAUGUGCGCAAGUGGUUAUUAAGAUGUGCUUAUAUGAAACUAUGUUCAGCUGCUAUUGUAAUACAGUCCAACGUUUGUGGUUUCAUAAUCCGUCAACGAUUUUUGCAAGGGAAGAAACAUAAAGCUGCAACUCUAAUUCAGGCUCACUGGAGGAUGCACAAGGUUCGCAUGGUAUUCCGACACCGUCAAACUUCUAUCAUAGCAAUACAAUGUCUUUGGAGGCAAAAACUAGCAAAAAGAGAGCUCCGGAGGCGCAAACAAGAGGCUAAUGAAGCUGGUGCCUUACGUUUAGCUAAAAGUAAACUUGAGAAGCAGUUAGAAGACCUCACGUGGAGGUUGCAGCUUGAAAAAAGAUUGCGGGUUUCUCAUGAUGAGUCUAAGUCAGGGGAAAUGUCAAAACUUCAAAAGGCAUUGGAAUCAUUGAAACUUGAACUAGAUGCAGCUAAGUUGACAACAAUUAAUGAGUGCAACAAAAAUGCAGUGCUGCAGAAUCAACUGGAAUUGUCGGAGAAAGGGAAAUCUGCUUUGGAAAGAGAGAUCAUUGGAAUGGCAGAGCUGAGAAAGGAAAAUGCAUUUUUAAAGAAUUCUUUGGAUACCUUGGAAAAGAAGAACUUAGCUCUGGAGCUUGAACUUGUAAAGGCUCAAAAGGAUAGUACUGAUAGUAUGGAGAAGUUGCGGGAAGUUGAAAACAUGUGUUCUCAGCUUCAACAGAAUGUUAAAAGUCUUGAGGAGAAGCUCUCCAUUUUAGAGGAUGAGAAUCAUGUUCUGCGUCAAAAAACUUUGAGCCUGACUCCAAACCGCAAUCAUCCUGGCUUUGCUAAGGCAUUGUCAGAGAAAUACUCUGGCGCACUUGUUCUUCCCCAAAUUGACCAGAAGCCUGUAUUUGAAUCACCCACGCCUACAAAGCUAAUUUCACCUUUUGCACAUGGUUUCUCAGAAUCACGUCAAUCAAAAUUAACUGUGGAGAGGCACCAGGAUAAUUAUGAAUUUCUCUCGAGGUGUAUCAAAGAAGAUUUGGGGUUUAAAGAUGGUAAACCACUGGCAGCUUGUAUCAUAUAUAAAUGUCUUCUUCACUGGCAUGCCUUUGAGUCUGAGCGGACAGCAAUCUUCAACUUCAUAAUUGAGGGAAUUAAUGAUGUUCUGAAGGUUGGGGAUGAGAACGUUACUUUGCCGUAUUGGCUGUCGAAUGCGUCUGCACUUUUAUGCCUCCUGCAGAGGAAUUUAAGAUCCAAUGGUUUUUUGACUACAAUAAAUCAGCGUUCUGCCGGGGCUUCUGGGUUAAUUAGCAGGGUUGGGCAAGGACUGAAAUCUCCUUUCAAAUAUAUUGGAGGAUUUGAUAAUGGCAUUUCACACGUAGAAGCAAGAUAUCCAGCUAUACUAUUCAAACAACAGUUAACUGCUUGUGUGGAGAAGAUUUUUGGUUUGAUUCGUGACAAUUUGAAGAAAGAAUUAUCUCCGUUGUUGAGCUUAUGCAUUCAGGCACCCAAAGCUGCAAGAGUACAUGCUGGAAAAUCAUCUAGAUCACCUGGAGGUGUUCCUCAGCAACUGCCUAAUAGUCAGUGGGACAAUAUCAUUAAAUUUUUGGAUUCUCUUAUGAGUCAAUUACGUGGUAAUCAUGUACCCUCCUUUUUCAUACGUAAGCUAAUCACCCAGGUUUUUUCUUUCAUCAAUAUCUCACUUUUCAACAGUCUUCUGCUGCGACGUGAAUGUUGCACAUUUUCAAAUGGGGAAUAUGUGAAAUCUGGCCUAGCAGAAUUGGAGAAAUGGAUAGUCAGUGCUACAGAUGAGUUUGCAGGAACCUCUUGGCAUGAGCUAAAUUAUAUUAGACAAGCUGUUGGAUUUCUGGUAAUACACCAGAAGAGGAAAAAAUCUUUGGACGAGAUAAGACAGGAUCUUUGUCCGGCAUUAACUGUUAGGCAAAUCUAUCGAAUAAGUACCAUGUACUGGGAUGACAAAUAUGGUACUCAGAGCGUGUCAAAUGAGGUGGUUGCUCAAAUGAGGGAGAAUGUGGACAAGGACAAUCAGAAUUUGACCUCCAACUCCUUCUUGUUGGAUGAUGAUCUGAGCAUUCCAUUCUCUACAGAAGACAUAGAUAUUGCAAUUCCUGCUAUUGAUACUUCAGAUAUUGAACUUCCAACAUUCUUGUCUGAGUAUCCUUGUGCACAGUUUCUCCUCCAGCAUCAAAAGUAAACAGUCUGCUGGCUUCAAAGUUGCAAGAAUUGCUGUUUAUGCAUUCAGUUUAGCCUGGCUUAGCCAUACCCCAGGCUGUAGUGAUUAGUGCUUUACAUAUAGGAUACAGAGGUUUCCUUCCUACUCAAGGAAAUCUGAGUAGUCAUUGAUUAGUACCCUUCCCUAUUACCUUUUGAUUUGGCCUGCAAUGCAUGAUUGUGGGAUUAGGUGACAGUUCUCUUAGCUUAAAAGGCUGCUGCUGAAGCUUAUCCAUUUAAGUUUGUAUAUAUAUAUAUAUAUAUAUAUAUAUAUAUAUAUUACAACAGAAUUGUGUCAUUUUGUAUUCUAGUUCGUUCUAUAGUUUUUUUUUUUUUUGUGUAUAUUAAUUUAAGAAAAGCAAAAAAAAAAAAAAAAAAAAAAAUCCAUCUAUUGUUGUAAAUAUGUACUUUAUUCCAUCGAUUAAGGAUGGGCAUUCACUUCUAUGAACCCAGGCAUUUUGUUUUUAGCAUAUUCCACACCCGUCCUCCCUCAACCCAUAUGUACUCGCAUAUACAGAUGUGAUGACAUUGGCUGCAUAAACACAACUGGACUUUUGUCAUAUUCACUUGUCUUAAAGUGGGGUUGCAUCCAUAAAAUUCAUCAGCAAUGGUCAUUUGUGUAUUGUAAUGUAAAUCUGCAAUCCUCCUACACUGGAAGUCUGGGAUCUUUUAGUGCUUUUAGUGGACUCGGUUGAUCACUCUGGGGUCAUGGUUCUAGAGUGAAUGUGAUUUAAAUGUAUUUUCGUAGAUCAUUGCAUAACAAGUUUUUAUACGAAA